AUGUCAUUCCAACCACGAACAAUUUAUUAUAAUGCCAAUGGUACUCCCUCUUAUUCUCCAUCAUCACCAGCCUAUGCACCAAGUUUUUAUCUUCCGAAAAAUACUGUGCUGAGUUUUGAUUUGGAUGAAAAAGUUGUGGCGAGAAUUGAGAAGGAAACGAGAAAUUGGGGAGUUUUGAGAUGGAGAAGUCCAAAUUUAGGAGAACGAUAUUGGGGACAUGUUUAUAUGAGUGUUGAUUCAAAAAUUGUGGAAAUUAUUAAAGAUCAUUAUGGAAAGAAAGGGUUGAUUACAAAGGUUAGGGAAUUAUUGGAAGAUUCAGGGGAACCUAACUCAAUAGUUGAAUUUAAUGCAUUCUUGUUGCCAACUCACUUUACUGUCAUUUCAUGUAAAGAAUGGCAACAAGCAUUCUUUGGAUUGGAGAAGGAGGUUAAGUAUUUUACUGUUAAAAAUCCCACAGACAAUGUAUUCCAAAGUCCAAUUGAAUUUGUGAAUACUCCAUAUAAUAGUCAUUCCAAAUUGGUUAAGGAGGAGAAAAUUCAAGAAUUGGGUAAUUUUACAUAUUUUACAAGAUCUGAUUUUGCAAAAUCACUUCCAAUUGAACUUCUUUCUCAUAUUAAAGAAUUUCUCCUUAUGGAUUUGAAAGAAUGUGGACAAAAAUUUAAAUUCUCAAUCACAGGACAAGUUAGUUUGGUGCCAAGAUACUUUGAAGAAAAGGUUGGGUUUAUUCUCCAUAUUGAUUCUCCUGAAAUGAAUGAAUUGAGAAUGAAAUACGGAUUUAAAAGUAUGGAAUUUUCCAUUCCUUUGGGAGUUACUAAAUUUGAGUGGAAUAAUUCGCCACAAAACCCAACAAAGGUUUUCAUUAAGAAUUUUUCAAAGAAAAGAACUCGAGAUUUGUUUGAAUCCAAUGAAUGA